CGCAUUAGGCCACGUGGAAGGUCGGCGCGCCGCCCAGUUUCGCUGCUCCGCUCCGCACGUGGUCCCCGACGAGUCCUGUGGCUCACAAACUACCUUCCUCUCCUCGGUGAUACGGCUCCGGCUCCAUGGCGGCGCUUGUAUUGAAGGACGGGUCGGUCCUGAGGGGCCAGCCCUUCGGCGCGGCCGUAAGCGCCGCCGGGGAAGUGGUGUUCCAGACUGGCAUGGUGGGCUACCCCGAGGCACUCACCGACCCCUCCUACAAAGCCCAGAUCUUGGUCCUGACCUAUCCGCUCGUGGGAAACUAUGGCAUCCCUCCAGAUGAGAAGGACGAGUUCAGCCUCAGCAAGUGGUUUGAGUCAUCUGGGAUUCAUGUGGCGGGACUGGUGGUGGGAGAAUGCUGCUUCACACCUAGUCACUGGAGUGCCACCCGAACUUUGCACCAAUGGCUAGAGGAGCAUGGCAUACCUGGUCUUCAAGGAGUUGAUACAAGGGAACUGACAAAGAAAUUGCGGGAACAGGGAUCACUUCUGGGAAAGCUGGUGCAAGAUGGGAUAGAGCCUUCAUCUCUGCCAUUUUUGGAUCCCAAUGCUCGAGCUCUUGUACCUGAGGUUUCCAUUAAGGAACCAAAGGUAUACAAUGCAGGGGGGUGCCCAAAGAUUCUUGCUUUGGAUUGUGGCCUAAAAUACAGUCAGGUCCGAUGCCUAUGCCAGCGUGGAGCUGAGGUCACUGUGGUGCCCUGGAACUACAAAUUGGACAGCCAAGAUUAUGAAGGGUUGUUUCUAAGCAAUGGUCCUGGGGAUCCUGCUUCUUGUCCCACUGUGAUAUCUACACUGAGCCGUGUCCUCUCUGAGCCAAACCCCCGACCUAUCUUUGGUAUCUGCUUGGGUCAUCAGCUGUUGGCCUUAGCCAUCGGGGCCAAGACUUACAAGAUGAGAUAUGGUAACCGUGGCCACAACCAGCCAUGUCUGCUGAAGGGCUCUGGACGAUGCUUCUUAACUUCCCAGAAUCAUGGCUUUGCAGUGGAAACAGACUCUCUGCCUCCAGGCUGGACCCCACUCUUCACAAAUGCCAAUGAUCAUUCCAAUGAAGGCAUUGUACACGAGACCCUGCCUUUCUUCAGCGUCCAGUUCCAUCCUGAGCAUCGAGCAGGCCCCUCUGAUACGGAGUUGCUUUUUGACAUCUUCCUGGAGACCGUGAAGGAGAACAGGGCUGGGGGCAAGACAGUUCAUGAAAGGCUAAUGGAGCGCCUUUGUCCCUCUGGUAGCCCCACCCCGAGAGACAGACCUCCAUUUCCCCGAAAGGUGCUGAUCCUGGGCUCAGGGGGUCUCUCCAUUGGCCAGGCUGGAGAAUUUGACUAUUCUGGCUCUCAGGCAAUCAAGGCUCUAAAGGAGGAAAAUAUUCAAACACUGCUAAUCAACCCUAAUAUUGCCACAGUGCAAACUUCCCAGGGCCUGGCAGACAAAGUCUACUUCUUGCCUAUUACCCCUCAUUACGUGACCCAGGUGAUUCGUAACGAGCGUCCAGAUGGUGUGUUACUGACCUUUGGAGGCCAGACGGCACUGAAUUGUGGUGUGGAGCUCACAAAAGCGGGAGUUCUGGCCCGAUAUGGAGUACGGGUCCUAGGCACCCCUGUGGAGACAAUCGAACUGACUGAGGAUCGGCGUGCUUUUGCAGCAAGAAUGGCAGAGAUUGAAGAGUAUGUAGCCCCGAGUGAGGCUGCAAACUCCCUGGAGCAGGCACAAGCUGCUGCAGAGCGACUGGGGUACCCUGUCCUGGUGCGUGCUGCCUUUGCCCUGGGCGGCCUUGGCUCUGGCUUUGCCUCCAACAGAGAAGAGCUCUCCUCUUUGAUAGCCCCAGCCUUUGCUCAUACUAGCCAAGUGCUGGUGGACAAGUCUCUCAAAGGCUGGAAAGAAAUAGAGUAUGAAGUGGUGAGAGAUGCCUACGGCAACUGUGUCACGGUCUGUAAUAUGGAGAACUUAGAUCCACUGGGCAUUCACACUGGUGAAUCCAUAGUGGUAGCCCCAAGCCAGACCCUAAAUGACAGAGAAUACCAGCUGUUGCGACAAACUGCUAUCAAGGUGACCCAGCAUUUGGGCAUUGUUGGGGAGUGUAAUAUACAAUAUGCCUUGAAUCCUGAGUCUGAACAGUACUACAUCAUUGAAGUGAAUGCACGACUGUCUCGAAGUUCAGCUCUUGCCAGUAAGGCCACUGGCUAUCCUUUGGCCUAUGUAGCAGCCAAGCUGGCUUUAGGCAUCUCCCUGCCUGAACUCAGGAACUCAGUUACUGGAGGCACAGCUGCCUUUGAGCCCAGCCUGGAUUACUGCGUGGUUAAGGUCCCUCGCUGGGACCUCAGCAAGUUCCUACGUGUUAGCACACAGAUUGGAAGCUGCAUGAAGAGUGUUGGUGAGGUCAUGGCUAUCGGACGUGGGUUCGAGGAGGCAUUCCAGAAGGCAUUACGCAUGGUGGAUGAAAAUUGUGUUGGCUUUGAUCACACGGUGAAGCCUGUCAGUGACAUGGAGCUGGAGACACCAACUGAUAAGCGGAUCUUUGUAGUGGCAGCUGCUCUGUGGGCAGGAUACACCAUAGACCGACUCUAUGAGCUCACUCGCAUUGAUCGGUGGUUCCUUCAGUGUAUGAAGCGCAUUAUAGAACACACCCGGAAACUAGAAGGACACCGUGGGCAGCCCUUGCCCCCUGACGUGUUGCACCAAGCCAAACGCCUUGGCUUCUCUGACAAGCAGAUUGCUCUUGCAGUGCUCAGCACAGAGUUGGCUGUCCGAAAACUACGCCAGGAACUGGGUAUCUGUCCAGCAGUAAAACAAAUUGAUACAGUGGCAGCAGAAUGGCCAGCUCAGACUAACUAUUUGUACCUGACUUAUGGGGGUACCACCCAUGACCUGACUUUCCAUACUCCUCAUGUCUUGGUCCUGGGCUCUGGUGUCUACCGAAUUGGCUCUAGCGUUGAAUUUGAUUGGUGUGCUGUGGGCUGUAUCCGGCAGCUGCGCAAGAUGGGGUAUAAGACCAUCAUGGUGAACUAUAAUCCUGAGACAGUCAGUACCGACUAUGAUAUGUGUGACCGACUCUACUUUGAUGAGAUCUCUUUUGAGGUGGUGAUGGAUAUCUAUGAGUUGGAAAGCCCUGAGGGUGUGAUCCUCUCUAUGGGGGGUCAGCUGCCCAACAACAUGGCGAUGGCUCUGCAUCGGCAGCAGUGUCGGGUUCUUGGGACCUCCCCAGAGGCCAUCGACUCUGCUGAGAACCGAUUCAAGUUUUCUCGACUGCUUGAUACCAUUGGCAUCAGUCAGCCUCAGUGGCGAGAGCUCAGUGACUUGGAGUCUGCCCUCCAGUUCUGCCAGUCUGUGGGGUAUCCUUGUGUUGUCCGUCCUUCUUAUGUGCUGAGUGGUGCUGCCAUGAAUGUGGCCCAUUCCGAUGUAGACUUGGAGCGCUUCCUGAGCAGCGCAGCUGCUGUCUCCAAAGAGCACCCCGUGGUCAUCUCCAAGUUCAUCCAGGAGGCCAAGGAAAUUGAUGUGGAUGCUGUGGCUUGUGAUGGUAUGGUGGUAGCUGUCGCAAUCUCGGAGCACGUGGAAAAUGCAGGGGUGCACUCGGGAGAUGCCACAUUGGUGACUCCGCCACAAGAUAUCACACCCAAGACACUGGAAAGGAUCAAAGCAAUUAUUCAUGCUGUGGGUCAAGAGUUGCAGGUCACGGGGCCUUUCAACCUGCAGCUCAUCGCCAAGGAUGACCAACUCAAGGUUAUUGAGUGCAAUGUCCGUGUCUCUCGGUCCUUCCCCUUUGUCUCCAAGACACUUGGAGUGGAUCUGGUAGCCCUGGCUACCCGGAUCAUCAUGGGUGAGGAGGUGGAGCCUGUUGGGCUCAUGACUGGAACCGGUGUUGUAGGAGUUAAGGUGCCCCAGUUCUCAUUCUCCCGCCUGGCAGGAGCAGAUGUGGUACUGGGGGUAGAGAUGACCAGCACAGGGGAGGUGGCUGGCUUUGGAGAGAACCGCUGUGAGGCCUACCUUAAGGCUAUGCUAAGCACGGGAUUCAAGAUCCCCAAAAAGAAUAUUCUGCUAACUAUUGGUAGUUACAAGAACAAAAAUGAGCUGCUCCCCACUGUGAGGCUGCUGGAGAGUCUAGGCUAUAGCUUAUAUGCCAGUUUGGGCACCGCGGACUUCUACACUGCGCAUGGGGUCAAGGUCACAGCUGUGGACUGGCACUUUGAGGAAGCAGUUGAAGGUGAAUGUCCCCCACAGCGAAGCAUCCUAGAACAGUUGGCAGAAAACCACUUUGAGUUGGUGAUCAACCUGUCAAUGCAUGGAGCAGGGGGGCGGCAUCUGUCCUCCUUCGUAACCAAAGGCUACCGGGCCCGUCGCCUUGCUGCUGACUUUUCUGUGCCCCUCAUCGUUGACAUCAAGUGCACUAAGCUGUUUGUAGAGGCAUUGGGCCAGAUCGGGCCAGCUCCCCCACUGAAAGUUCAUGUAGAUUGCAUGACCUCACAGAAGCUGGUGCGCUUGCCAGGGCUAAUUGAUGUACAUGUGCACCUACGGGAACCAGGUGGUACCCAUAAGGAAGACUUCGCAUCAGGCACAGCAGCUGCUUUAGCUGGGGGGAUCACCAUGGUGUGUGCCAUGCCCAACACCCGGCCUCCCAUCAUAGAUGCCCCUGCACUUGCCCUUGCUCAGAAGUUGGCAGAGACUGGGGCCCGCUGUGAUUAUGCCUUGUUCCUUGGGGCCUCAUCAGAGAAUGCAGGAACCCUGGGUGCUGUGGCUGGGGCAGCUGCAGGAUUGAAACUCUAUCUCAAUGAAACAUUCUCCGAACUUCGCCUGGACAGCCUUGCCAAUUGGAUGGAGCACUUUGAGACUUGGCCACGCCAUCUUCCUAUUGUGGCUCAUGCAGAACGACAGACUGUUGCUGCCAUCCUCAUGGUUGCCCAGCUGGCUCAACGGCCUGUACACAUCUGCCAUGUGGCCCGGAAGGAGGAGAUCCUAUUAAUUAAAGCAGCAAAGGCACGGGGGGUACCAGUGACUUGUGAAGUGGCCCCCCACCAUCUGUUUCUAAGCCAAACUGACCUCGAGCGCCUGGGGCCUGGGAAAGGAGAAGUCCGGCCUGAGCUUGGCUCCCCUGAGGAUGUGGAGGCUCUCUGGGAAAACAUGGCCGUCAUUGAUUGCUUUGCCUCUGACCAUGCUCCUCACACCCUGGAAGAAAAAACAGGAUCCAAGGCUCCCCCUGGCUUCCCCGGCCUGGAGACAAUGCUCCCGCUGUUGCUGACAGCUGUGAGUGAGGGUCGUCUCAGCCUGGAUGAUCUGCUGCAGAAGCUACACCACAACCCUCGGAGAAUCUUUCACUUGCCCCUGCAGGAGGACACCUACAUUGAGGUGGAUCUGGAGCAUGAAUGGACCAUCCCCAGCUACAUGCCUUUUUCCAAGGCACACUGGACACCUUUUGAGGGGCAGCGAGUGAAGGGCACCAUACGGCGAGUUGUCCUUCGAGGGGAAGUUGCCUAUAUUGAUGACCAGGUGCUGGUGCCUCCUGGUUAUGGGCAAGAUGUGAGGAAGUGGCCCCAAGGUGCAGUGCCUCAACUGCUGCCCUCUGCUCCACCAAGUGAGAGCACCAAGGGAGGGGAAGGAAGAAGGAACUUUUGGUUGAUGUCUCAAAAGGAUAGACCCAUGUUACAUUCACAGACUCCUGAAAGGCCUCGACGUGGCAUCCCAGGCCUUCCUGAUGGGCGCUUCCAUCUCCCACCUCGAAUCCACCGAGCUUCUGAUCCUGGCCUUCCAGCUGUGUUCAUCAGCCCAAGAGCCAGGACCCCACAAGGCAACAGAAUGUGGGCUGAAGAGCCCAAGGAAAAGCCCUCCCGGAAGGCCGUGGAGCCAGAUCUAGCAGGAACUCCUGAUAGUUGCUGCUACCCUUCUCCAGUGCCUAGGCAGGCAUCGCCCCAAAAUCUGGGUACACCCAGCCUGUUACAUCCUCAGACCUCACCCUUGCUGCAUUCUCUAGUUGGGCAGCAUAUACUCUCCGUUCGUCAGUUUACCAAAGAUCAGAUGUCCCACCUGUUCAACGUGGCACACACCCUGCGGAUGAUGGUGCAGAAGGAACGAAGCAUAGACAUUCUCAAGGGCAAGGUGAUGGCCUCCAUGUUUUAUGAAGUGAGCACUCGUACCAGCAGCUCCUUUGCAGCCGCCAUGGCCCGUCUUGGGGGCUCUGUGCUCAGCUUCUCUGAAGCCACAUCAUCUGUCCAGAAGGGGGAAUCCCUAGCAGACUCUGUCCAGACCAUGAGCUGCUAUGCUGAUGUUGUUGUGCUCCGGCACCCGCAGCCUGGAGCUGUGGAGCUAGCAGCAAAGCACUGCCGGAGGCCGGUGAUCAAUGCUGGGGAUGGAGUAGGGGAACACCCAACGCAGGCCUUGCUGGAUGUCUUUACCAUUCGAGAGGAACUGGGGACUGUCAACGGCAUGACGAUCACGAUGGUAGGGGAUCUCAAGCACGGGCGGACAGUACAUUCCCUGGCCUGCCUGCUCACCCAGUACCGGGUCAGCCUUCGCUACGUGGCGCCCCCCAGCCUGCGCAUGCCGCACGACGUCUUGUCUUUUGUGGCGUCCAGAGGGACUAAGCAGGAGGAAUUUGAGAGCAUCGAGGAGGCGCUACCUGACACAGAUGUCCUUUACAUGACUCGGAUUCAGAAGGAACGGUUUGGCUCCAGCCAGGAAUACGAAGCUUGCUUCGGCCAGUUUAUCCUCACACCCCACAUCAUGACACGGGCGAAGAAGAAGAUGGUGGUGAUGCACCCAAUGCCUCGAGUCAACGAGAUCAGUGUGGAAGUGGACUCCGACCCCCGGGCUGCCUACUUCCGGCAGGCUGAGAACGGCAUGUAUAUGCGGAUGGCCCUCCUUGCUACUGUCCUGGGGCGCUACUAGAGCCCAACUCUAACAGCUGCUCUCUGCUGCUCCUGCCACUGGGCAAGGAUUCCUGGUGCCCCCCAGGGGGGCAGCGUACUGAAUGUGAGACUGUGGGGUAGCCCCAGACACAUGCAGACUUGCAAGCCUUUGGGCUGGAACUUCUCCAGCUUGGGGCUGGGGCAGGCAGGGUGCCAGGUAUUAAAGCCUCCACCUCAUCUCAUCCUCAGCCCUGCCCUUUCCCCCCCUCCCCUCCACUAGCCUUUAAAGAUUUAUAAUAACUUUUCUAUUAUCUGAUCUCAGAGCCAUUUCUUGGAUUUAAUAAACAGCUGAGCUGUCUAUUUAUCUUUUUUUAUUCCUCCAAGUCUGCCACUCUCCAUAAAGGAAGAGGUUUUCUCAUGGCCAAGUCUACACAGGACUAGGAUUACUUAACAGAACUGUUGGGGCUACAUCUUCAUCAUCCCAUACUUGUGGUACCCAUUAAUUCCAGAUCCUAGUGCUUUUGGGGGGGAUUAGAACUCCGGGUACUCUGCACUUAGGGCACAAGUCUGUGAAAGAGAGUUUAGCUUUUCAGAGAAUGAGAUUCAAAAAGGGCAGAGCCUCCUCAUGCCUCUGAAAACUGCUCUGCUCAUCUUCUUGGUUUAUAUUUUCAUAGUCACCAUAAAAGACAAAAUCACAGAGGGAAUCAGACAGGUUUACAAAGUUCAAUUUGGAGGGAUGGGGGUGGAGGGUGAGGGGAUUGAAUUAUUCAAGUAGGAUUAUGGUAAAGUAAUUUAAAUUGUUGAUACCCUAGACAAACACUUUUCUGAAUCUUAUUCAAUCUGUCCAAGGGUGGAAAAAGAGGAGGUAUUCUCUAUGUGGAGAAUCUAAUCUUUUCUAAUCUGUUUUCUGGGAGUCUGGAGAUCUUCCUUGAACUUUUUCCCUGUUGACACUAGGUAGGCCUUUGAUAAGGAUGAAAUAGAAGAAUUUUAGAGCCAUACAUUACCUCCUUGAAAUUUGAUAAGAGAUAACAUUUGGGACUUAGGACACGGUUUUCCUGAGGGAACAGAGAGGCAUAAGUAUGCUUCCGUAUCUUGCAAACACAUCCUGAUGCUGGAACCAUCCUGAGUAAGAUGAAUGUGGGGAGUAUUUAUCUCCUUUCAAAGCAGAGUACUCCAAUAAGGUGUUUCUUCCCCCUUUCCACUUUCCAAAUAGACUUAAGGUUCUAGAUUAGGCCAACCUUUCUAAUUCUAAGGAGACCCACAAUUUCUGUUGGCCUCCAUAACAAGCCCUAUUUUCCCCAAAUUUUGUAGUUUCAGAAACGAAAGGAUAAUUAGUAAUUUAAUCCAACUCCUGUCCCCACCCUCACUUUACAAAUGAGGUAUCUGAGAAGUUAAAUGAAUUGCCUAAAAUGGGUUAGAGAACAAAUAGUAAAGAUUGGUUUUGAUCUCAGUGUUUGAUCAAAUCCAGUGCUGUUUUCCACUGCAUCUUUAUAUUUCUGGUACAUUCAUGAAGUUCAACGCCCUUCAUUUUCUGGAUCUUUUAAGACCUCCCUUCCUGCCCAUCAUCAUCAAGGGCCUGUGCUAGCCUCUUGUGGGGCAAAGAAAAUAGUCCAUUGCCUUUUUUGAAAAAGGAUCAAAGCUGUGAGAUUAUUUGGUGAAAGAUCUUAAUAGAGGCAAUGUGCUGUAGUAAGUACCAGGUUUGGAUUCAGAAAGGUUGGAGUUCAGAUACAGAUACAGGCUUUGAUACUUAGAAAGGCCAUCUCUGUGCCAAACAUUAAUAGUUGGGACAAAGAUCAAAACGAAACAGGCCCUACCUGUAAGGAAUUUAUAUUUCAGCAGAUUCAUGUUUAUACAAAUGAAUUGGAGUAGAGUACUGGGCCUGAAAUUGGGAAGAUCUGAAUUCAAAUCCAACUUCAGAUGCUAGCUAUGACCUUAAGGCAAGUCAUUUAACCCUAUUUGCCUCAGUUUCUCAUCUGUAAAAUGGGGACAUCUUGGUGAAGCAAAUGGCAAAUCAGUGCAAUACUUUGUCAACAAAACUACAAAUGGGAUCACAAAGAGUUGGACACAACUGAAAUUACUGAACAACUAUGUACCAAGAAUAAAAAUUGAAACUUUGCAAAAGACAAACAGUCCCAUCCUCCAGUUUACAUUCUAAAAGGGGGUGACAGCACUUUUAUAGGAAAAUGGUAGCUAAAGGCAGGGAAGGGAGUUUGGUCUAGGGAGCUAGAGGAAUGGGUGAGCAUGUCACAUGGCAGUAUAUUGCUGUGCCUUUUACAAAAACAAAGGCAACACUGGGCUGGAAAGCAUAGUUACAGGCAGCUGAGUGGUACAGUUGAUAAAGAAAUGGACUAGGAAUUAUCUAAUUCAAAAUUGGCCUCACUCAUUAGCUCUAACCCCUGGUAAAUUUCUUAAGCUCUCCCUGCUUGUUUCCUUACCUUUGAAGUGGGAAUAACACCCCUCUCCCAGGGUGAAGAGGAUUAGAUGAGGUAUUUGUAAAGCACUUAGCCCAGUGUCUGGUAUAUGGUAGAUGCUUAAUAAAUGCUUGUAUCCUUUGGUGCUAGAGGGAGGGGUAAUAAUGGUGUUUCAUGCCAGUAAUCUUCACAAAACCUGUUUUAAAAACUAAGAUGGCUGCAGCUAUAUUACCUGUCCAAUUACCAGUCCAAAGAUAUGAUAAAAUUUGAUGUGUAGAAGUAAAUGUAAUAGAAAAUCAUCAAAUUCUAACUAGAAAAUUAAAAGCUAUAAUCAUAAAAUAAUGUCAUGAAAAAACAAACAUGCAUGCCUCAACAGUGUAAUGUUAGGAAAAGAUAUAAAUGAGUGUCCCACCUGCCUUUAUACUUGGAGGUUCAGCAUAUGGAUUUUCCUUUAAACACUGGCUUCCCUAUUUCUCAACCUUUUCAUUUCCUAUAUAACCUUACUCCUCCCCCAUGAGAUGAAUGAAAAACUCAUGAAUUUCUAGGUAAUUAAUAAUUUUUUGUUUAGGAUAAUUGAUAAUAAAUCUGAUUAUCGGCAAUGUCCUUCAGAGAUUAGCUGACCUAUAACUGGUCCUUGAAUGAGGAUAUAAAGAGAAAAGGCCUUUAUCCUAAUUUAAUAAUUGAUUAUUAAUACUUUCACCCCCACCUCAACUGUACACAGAAGGGAUUAGACCCUUGAUCUUGCCCAGCACCACAAAUGAAUCAUUUCUAUAUUCCUGAACUCUGAAAUUCCCUUAACUCAUCAUCUUGUCAUUUCUACCUCAACUUUUCAGCUCCAAAGCCUGUUCUCACUGUGAUUUCAACCUACUUUCCUCCCUUUCCCAUUUGACCGCUUGGUGAGCUAGUUCAGCUUUACACUGUCCUUUUGAGUCCUUUGCGCCCUCAUCCUGUGGCUGAUUGUGCCCUGCCAUGCCUCAGACCUGGAUCGCCCACCAUCCCGCUGCCUUCACUCCUCAUGGAUUUUGGGGGGCUUAAGGGAAGGCAAUCCAGAUUAAGUGACUUGCCCAGGAUCACAUUUGAAUUCGGAUCCCCCUGACUCCAGGGUGGCUUUACUCAUGGACUGCCCACAAAUUAAGAAAAUCAAAACCAUGUUGACCAGAUCCACCACAUGUAUGUUACAUGGUAUCAACCAGGUUCUCUGCAGCCUGUUUUGUUUUUAGUUGUUGCGUCCUGCCCUUUGUGACCCCAUUUGGAAUUUUCCUUGUGGGGAUGCUAGAGUGCUUUGGCUUUUCCUUCUCCAGCUCAUUUGACAGAUGAGAAAAUGGAAGUGAACAGAUUUAAGUGACUUGGCGGGGCUCAGGCUCAGGAGGAGUCGGCAUAGUUGGGUGGGGGUGGCAGAGAGACCGAAGUAUUGCCCUGAGGCAAAUAAGGAAGGACCCUGAUGGGGCUCCGGGUAGCCUAAUAGUACCCCCUUGCUAGGUCUAGCCAAGAAAGCCUAGUCAAGGAGCGGAGGUUAAAUUUCCCCUGUGAAGUCUGUCCAUGGCGGUGCCGUCUUUGUCUGACCCUUUGGGUCAGCCCCCCCGGGCGCUGCCUCCUGUGUCUUUCCCAACAAUCCCCCCAUGCCACGUGGUGCGUCUCCUCUCCACACCCUGCCUUCUAUUUCCUCAGCCCCCACCUUGCUUCCUGGUCUCGCAAUCUCCACCAUGUCUUUGGGUGACUUUCUCCUUACAGCUUUUAGGGUUCUGCCAGCUAAGUGCGUACUCCCAUCUCAUGGAAUGUUUCCUUUCGUCUGGGUGAUUGUGAGUUUCACCAGGGAAUUUGUCUUUCCAUCGUUAAUUAUUAAAACCCCCUUUCCUCGCAAUGUGCUCUCCCAACUAUUUCAUAUUUGCCACUCCUGGUGUCUAUUGGAUUUCUUCAUUUUGUCUCCUAAAUAAAACUACCUUUUGCCAAAAAGAA